CCUUAUAAUUUCUCUAUAUAAUUCUUUACAUGUGUUUACUUUCAUAUCUCGCUAUCAGAUAAUCUAGAUCGAUUAGCUGAUAGAUUUUACUCAGAUUUUUGUCGUUUGACGAAUCGCUAUACCAUGACUAAUAUACUUUCUAGUAUAUUAGUAUUAAUAUAAAGUGGCUUUAAUUAUAAAAUUAAAUCUAACAAGUUGAUAAAUAAAUCACAUUCGAUUAUAUUUGAUGACAUUUAUUGUUAGUGUUCGAUUGUGAGUUGAGUACUUUAGGAAAAGUAAAGAAGUUAAAAUUGUGAAAACAUGCCUCAGGGAAGGCGAAAAACCCCGUUCAGUGGAAAGGCCAAGAAACUGCAAAUGCAAGCUAAAAAGGAACGGCAACGUACUUUGCUCGUUUCAAAUCAAGAUGACAAUGAAGAUGAAUGUUCUAGCAAUGCAAGCAGUGUAGAGCAUAGAAGACAAGUAAAAGUACAAAAGAUAAAUAAACAACCAAGAGAUAGCAAAUCUUCAAGGAAUAGAUAUGCGCUACAAUUCUUUCAAGAGACUAAUGAGGAAUUGAGAAAGCACAAGGAACAAGCCUUAAAAAGUAUUGAACCUGUGAGCCUGAAGGAUCAAGAAAUUUCUGACAAUUAUUUUCCACCUGGGAUUGAUAUGCCAAGGAGACCUCCAUGGGAUUUUAAUAUGACGAAAGAGCAUUUAAAUAUAAGAGAACAGAGAUAUUUCACAGAAUACUUAAAGAACAUGGAAGAAUUAGGUAGCUUCAGUUACUUUGAACUAAAUUUAGAAACUUGGCGGCAAUUGUGGAGAGUCUUAGAGAUGUCGGACGUUCUGUUGAUUAGUGAUAUUCGAUAUCCUGUUUUGAUGUUUCCUCCGUAUUUGUACCACUAUGUGACGAACGAGUUGCAAAAAGAUAUGAUUUUGGUGCUAAACAAAGUUGAUCUAGCGCCUCCAGCCUUAGUAGUGGCUUGGAAGGAAUACUUUCAUAGUCAAUAUCCAAAAUUACACAUUUUAAUGUUUACUUCGUAUCCUACUUAUAAUCUUCAUGGUAAUAUGAAUAAUGACGAAGGUAUAAAGAAAAGACGUCAGGGAAAAUUACGAAUGGCCGCGGAAGGAGCGCAAAAGUUAAUGGAGGCUUGUAAAGACAUUGUCAAGGACAAAGUUGAUCUAAGUUCUUGGCAAAAAAUUCAGGAAGAAAUGCAUUUAGAGUAUGAUCUAGAUGACAUAGAUCAUAAAGAUAAUAUAACGAUAGAGAAGGAAGAUACUACUUACUUCAAACACGAAAAAUAUAUAAACGGAAUUCUGACUAUUGGAUGCAUUGGAACGCCGAAUGUUGGAAAGUCGUCUUUGAUGAAUGCAUUGAUGGGUAAAAAAGUCGUGAGUGUGUCUCGCACACCCGGUCACACCAAACAUUUUCAAACCAUUUUUCUUACGGAAAACGUAUGCUUGUGUGAUUGUCCUGGUUUAGUCUUUCCUUCAACUGUGCCAAAACAGUUGCAAAUAUUAAUGGGUUCAUUUCCGAUCGCUCAAGUUAGGGAACCGUACACGACCAUAAAGUUUUUGGCUGAAAGGCUGGAUCUGCCAAAAUUGUUAAACAUUUCUCAUCCAGAGAAUGAUGAUACGUGGUCCGCUAUGGAUAUCUGUGAUGCUUGGGCUAUCAAAAGGGAUUUUGUGACAGCCCGAGCAGCUAGAUUGGACACUUAUAGAGCGGCAAAUUCGUUACUACGAAUGGCGGUAGAAGGAAAGAUUUGCGUAUAUAUAUAUCCGCCGAAUUGGACUGUGGAUAAAGAAAAAUGGGAAAAUCAUACAGAUGUUGAUACAGUAAGAUGGAUUCAAGCUAAAAACCAAGGAGAUGAUCUCGAUAUACCAACAGAAUACAUAUCUUCUGAAGACGAAGAAACCUACGACGAAAAGCAAGAAAAAAAAUCUCGAGAUGCAACGAAUAAUUCUACGGAAUCGUCGAGUGAAGAAAAUGAUGUGUUUGUAGCUAAUAAGUUUUCAGCGUUGUCUACAGAACAAUAAAAUGAUUCAUUAUUUUAUGCAUUUUA